UCCCUCUAAUCGGAUCCGCUACGAUGUCUGUUUAUGGACCUACUACGAAGGUCACUGGUCUGUUUACAGUAUUCUGAGCUUCUUUCAUCAUGCAUUCGGUUCCAUUUAUCAUUGCCGAAGUUGACUGCAGUGUUCGGUUCUCAUAUUUCGCACAAGUUUGGUUGUCCUCUGUGAGGGUAUGAUAAUCGGGAUCUAAAAUGGCUUGGCAUUUGUCUCACUUCGUCACCCUUCUCAUACUAGGAUGUUCGCUAUCUGUCACUGGAGGAACGCUAGAGUUUCACCAAAGUGGUGCGGUGGCGACCGAUGUGCAAUUAUGUUCAGAAAUGGGAAGAGAUAUUCUUGAGAGGGGUGGUUCUGCUGUAGACAGUGCCAUUACCAGUAUGUUAUGUGUAGGUGUGGUCAAUGGUCAGAGUUCCGGGAUUAGUGGCGGGUUCUUCAUGGUGAUCUACACCCGAGCUAGCGGCAUGGUAGAGUUUCUGGAUGCUCAGGAGACAGCACAUGCUGCUACCUAUCCAGAGAUGUUUAAUGACCAAGGUCCUGACGGUGCUAAAUACGGGAUGGAGAGUGUUGCUAUCCCGGGUGAAGUGAGGGGUAUGUGGGAGGCUCAUCAGAGAUACGGUAAGCUACCUUGGUCUGAGCUCUUCCAACCUGUCAUCAGUAUAUCAAGGAAUGGGUUUACAGUAGGAGCUCAUCUUCAUAAUGCUCUACGGAGUAUCGACGACCAAUGGGAUGACUACCCUCAUAUCAGAGAAUUAUAUUACAACACGGAGGAGGACCGUGUGGCUAUCGAGGGUGACGUCAUCACUAAUCCAAAGCUAGCCGACACUCUUCAAGCGAUUGCUGAAAACGGGGUGGAUGAAUUCUAUCAAGGGCCGACUGGUUCUAAGCUCGUCCAAGACAUACAGGAUGGCGGUGGUAAUGUGACCAUGGGCGAUCUUGCUGACUACGCCGCCAUCUGGAAAGGGGUAGAAACCCUACAAGAUGUUCAGUCUCCAGACUACACGAUCUACAGCUCCGAGCUCACAUCUAGCGGCCCCUAUUUCCAGUUUAUGCUGAGGGCACUGGAAGGUUUCGGUCUGCCUACCUCGGAUGAUAUGACAUCGGAUCAGAGGAUCCUCUUGUAUCAUAAGUUUAUUGAAGUAUGUAAAGUAGCCUUUGGUCUCAGGACAAAGCUGGGUGAUACGAGGUCUGAAGAGGUUGAAAAGACUCUGCAGGAUCUACGCUCACCUGAGUUCAGUAGAUACGUCCGAGAAUUGAUCACAGAAGCACUCCCUAACGUGUACUCUACAUCAUCACAUGAUUACGUCAUUGACCAGGAUGUAACUGUGCAGGCGGGUAAUAGCAUUGGUACAGACCCGGAUGUGGGUGAUACGAGUCACAUCAGUGUUCUAGCGUCGAAUGGUGACGCGGUAGCUGUGACGACAUCGAUUGGUUAUUAUUUCGGAUGCAAAGAUGCAUCCAUGUCGACUGGUAUCAUUCUCAACAAUCAUCUACGAAACUUCUACUUCGACACCAAGUAUCAAACCUGGACCCUGCCAGCUAACCAGCUAUCACCUGGCAAACGCCCUCUAUCGACCAUGGGACCAACCAUCGUCAUCGGUACCGAAGGGGAUGUAAAGAUGGUCAUCGGCGCGUCGGGAGGUUUCCGUAUUCCUACCUCCGUCGCAUGGGUCAUCCUCCGAACUUUGAUAAUGAAUGUCUCCCUGGACGAAGCCAUCGAUGAGCCACGUAUUCACAAUCAUCUUCUAACAAACAUAGCCUACAUCGAAGGGGGUUUCUCUCAGAACAUAGUGACGGCCCUUCAGGACCGGGGCCAUGUGGUGGCAACCUCGUCUAGCUUCGGGGUUGUUCAGGGGAUUUUACGAACUCCUGAAGGAAUAGCAGCUUACUCGGACCCAAGGAAGGGAGGAAAAGCAGCGGGGUAUAGUCGGUCAACGUCGUCAAGUCUACACAAGGUUUCUUCUCUAAACCUUUGGAUAAUCUCCUUGAUCUUAUUGAGCAGGCAAAUGCAUUAAUAUAUGCAAUCAUUCUUUGUUGUCAUUGUUAAAGAAAUAGAAGUCUUGCGAGAGGAAUUCUCCAACCAUAACUUUGUGCCUGUAAUGUAAAGUAUACGAAAAACUGACGAAAUCUGCAUUUAGCACACUCGUUAGUUAUGAUGAACGGAUUAUUAAAAUAAACAGAAAAGUGAAUCUGUAUGUAACUCCAGUUCAGUCUAUAUCAAAAACUCAUCCAGGUUUUAUUUUGUUAGGAACAAUAUCCAUGGUAAUGCUGGUAAUGUUGUCUAUCAUUAAUGACAUUUUUAUAUUUUCAAUAUUUUUGCUGCUAUUUAAUGGGGGCCGGGCUGGUGCCAAAUGUCCCAGUAGCUAUAUGCCACUGAUCAUUGAUAGAAUGAUGUUGUAAGUGAUUUUUGUUUUAUUUUUAUUGUAAUUUAUACAAUAUUUCCUUUUCUAUGUUUGUCUUGAGUUCGUAUUCAUGCUUGCUCCCUGACUAUAUUAGUACAGCUUUAUUUUUUACAGGGCAUAGUUUACAUCUGAUCGAAUCUCUUGACCUUGACAGAACCAUUAUUAAUAAUUAUAGCUCACAUUCAUAAUGCGCCUAAUACUUUGUUUGUAGGCGCAGCACAUAUUAUUACCCCGGUCAUCGGAUUCAGGCUUACCCACAAAACAAUAUAUGCACAUUUUCCACUCCCCGGAGAUCAUUCCAGUCAGUCGCCAUUUUAUAAGCGCCACUUGCUGAUCCAACCACAUUAACUUUCGCAUCCUGCCGGUGCCCAUUUGACACCUGGGUGGAGAGUUGCAAAUGUAGAUCAUUGUCUUGCCAAAGGACAUUAGUGCCGCGGUGGGGCUUGAUCCGCGGACCUUGUGAUCCACAGUCCGGUGACAUAUCUACUCGACCACGACCCCAUUGGUUGGGAGAGUUGGGCGAGUUUGGGAGAGUUUGGCCAACCCGGUUCACGUUGGACACAAUAUGGCGAAUAUAUUGCUGUUAUGGGCGAUAACAUCUUAAUCCGAAAGAAUAUUAUGCCAUGUUGUGACCAUCUGAAACCAAGUUGGCUAAACUCUGUGGCAAUUAUGAUCCGUUAAUCGUCUUUCAUCCGGGAGAAUCAAAAUUAUUCCCAUCCCCCCUCACCUCUCUCUCACUCUCUCUCUCUCUCUCUCUCUCUCUCUCUCUCUC